CAGAGCUCUCAGGGGAUGGCAUGCAAAUUAGGCUCCGCCCCCCACCGGGGACCUGUUUUCCCAGACUCCUUUACUGCUUCAGUGGAGAAACGCGGCCGUUGGGGAGUCCGACGGCGCGCGCCCCCGACAGCCCGCGCCCCCGAGCGCGCGCCCCGGCGCCGGCGCUCGUUCGUCCCGACGUGGGGAGGCGAGGCGGCAAGCGGAGGCCCCGGGGCCCGGCAAGAAGCUGCAGAAGCCCCUGAAGGAGGCGCGCGCCCGCCCGCCGGAAGCCGUGCCCCCGACGCGGCCCACCUGCCGCGGCCGCCGGAAGUGGUCGCGGCCGCGCUGCUUCCGGUCGCGGGGCGCCCUCGGGCCGGUCAGGGGGAGAGGCGGGCCGCGGACGGGCCGAAGGCCGGAGCCCAUGGCGGAGGGCGGCGGGCGGGCCGGGCCGGGGCCCGCAGUGCAGGUCCUAAUCUGAAGGAGUGGCUGAGGGAGCAGUUCUGUGACCACCCGCUGGAGCACUGCGAGGACACGCGGCUCCAUGACGCGGCCUACGUGGGGGACCUCCAGACCCUCCGGACCCUGUUGCAGGAGGAGAGCUACCGGAGCCGCAUCAAUGAGAAGUCGGUCUGGUGCUGCGGCUGGCUGCCCUGCACGCCGCUGCGCAUCGCCGCCACCGCGGGCCACGGCAACUGCGUGGACUUCCUCAUCCGGAAGGGGGCCGAGGUGGACCUGGUGGACGUGAAGGGCCAAACCGCCCUGUACGUGGCCGUGGUGAACGGGCACCUGGAGAGCGCCCAGAUCCUGCUGGAAGCCGGCGCCGACCCCAACGGGAGCCGGCACCACCGCAGCACCCCGGUCUACCACGCGUCUCGAGUGGGCAGGGCGGACAUCCUGAAGGCCCUCAUCAGGUACGGGGCCGACGUGGACGUCAACCACCACCUGACUCCUGACCUGCAGCCCCCUUUCUCCCGGCGGCUCACGUCCCUGGUGGUCUGCCCCCUGUACAUCAGCGCAGCCUACCACAACCUCCAGUGCUUCAAGCUGCUGCUCCAGGCCGGCGCAAACCCCGACUUCAACUGCAACGGCCCCGUCAACACGCAGGGCUUCUACCGGGGCUCCCCCGGCUGCGUCAUGGAUGCGGUCCUGCGGCACGGCUGCGAGGCGGCCUUCGUUAGCCUGCUCGUAGAGUUCGGAGCCAACCUGAACCUGGUGAAGUGGGAGUCCCUGGGCCCAGAGGCGAGAGGCAGAAGGAAGGUGGACCCCGAGGCACUGCAGGUCUUUAAAGAGGCCAGAAGUAAGUGGCCCUGGUUCCGUUCUGACCGGCAGUCUCUCUCGGUCGACUGCAUCAACCAGAUUGUAGUAAUUAAAAAAAACAAGACAAAACAGGAGUUCCCGCCAUGGCACAGUGAAAACGAAUCCGACUAGGAACCAUGAGAUUGUGGGUUCCAUCCCUGGCCUCACUCAGUGGGUGAAGGAUCCAACGUUGCUGUGAGCUGUGGUGUAGGUCAAAGAUGUGGCUCGGAUCGGGUGUGGCUGUGGCUGUGGUGUAGGCAUGCAGCUGGAGUUCCGAUUCGACCCCUAGCCUGGGAACCUCCACAAACUGUGGGUGCGGCCCUAAAAAAACAGAUGAAAGACAAAAAAUAAAAAUUAAUAAAACAAAACAAACCUCCGGCUAAGCACUUGGUCGAAGCCUUCAUUGAGGACUAGGAGUUUUCUAGAAUAGUCCUUGAGAUUGGUCUUCUCUUUUUAAAUUCCUAAACAUCAAGGGUUACUACUGAGAAAUCUCUAAAAGUAUAGGUUCUCACCAAGUGCCUAGAAUUCCACUGCUUCACCCUCUGCUUUGGGCCCCGGACGCUCUUGGUGGUCCGUCUGCGGCCUUUCCCGAGUUCCUGAGCGCACACGCACCGCGAGCCCGGCCUCCCUCCUGUUCCUCACUUGCCUCGGUUCCACUCGGAUGCCGUCCUUCGGGAUAGUGUGCUGAGCCUGAUUCCUGUUGGGGCAUAAAGUCUACAGCUUGCUUAUUUAUGAAGAAGGACUUUCCUGAUGAACUAAGUUGCUGGCCAGGGAGUUCGCCGUUGAUCUGUGUCUUGGCCUUGCUGUCCUUCUCUCUGGGGCUCAGCAGUUGACCCUGUGCGCCCUCGGGGACCUGCCCAACCCCCAGGCCUAUUCCUGCCUCGGCCGGAGGGUGACAGCGUUUCCCCCAGUCCCUUACCUCUCGCAGAAUGGUGUUUGUUGUGUUCUUCUUAUCGGCUUUCCUACAACUAUUGCUAAACCUGGUUCUGGGAAACAGCUGCAGGGGUUCACCAUAACAAACAUAAUAAGGAAAAACCACGCUUCUCUUGAGUCUCCCCCAGAGAGCAGGCUAAUAAUGGUUGGUGGGAGCCCCAGGGAUGGAGUUCGGCUGCCCGUGUUGGUGUCUGUUUCAGAGCAAGAUGCCUGCCUGCCUGCCUUCCUCGUGAAUUGCCGGCCGUCUCCCUCAGACCCCAGGAGCUCCUGGGUGGACUGAGAGCAGAGGCUGGCAGAGGGCAGGCGCCCUUGUUUCUCUGUCUGGUCGAGGAGGGGCUCUCCCAGCGAGCGGAUGGCCCAGGUCGGGAAGACUCGCUCCUUCCCCAGACCGAGGAGCAGGUGCCAGGACCUCGCCCAGCGAGCCUGCUCCCCUCCGAAGCGGGCAGCGGGCCACCAAGUGGGUGCGGCCCUGCCCGCCCCCACAGCCAGCCUGUGGGUGGAGAGUGAGGCGAGGAGGUCAGCUGACCCCUUCCUCUGUCUCUGCCUCCCUCCCUCCCUCGCCUCCAGGUGUCCCCAGGGCCUUGCUGAACCUGUGCCGUGUGGCCGUGAGGAGAGCGCUCGGCAAAUACCGACUCCACCUGAUUCCCUCGCUGCCUCUGCCAGACCCCGUGAAAAAGUUUCUCCUUUACGAGUAGGAUUCCAGAGCCGGAGCGCUUGCGGUGAGGAAGAGGCGACGGGCGGCGGGAUCGACCCCGGGUCUGCCCUGGGACCACGGCCUGUGCUGCUGACGAAAGCCCGUCCUCGGGGACUGUAAUUCCAUCUCAGGUGCUUGGGGCACGGACAGUCCUUGGGUCCGUAGAGCCGAGAGGCUCACGCAAAACCUCAUUUUCCUCUUCCUCGGCACCUCUGUUGCGGGUUUUCCCGGUCGCGUGUCACUGAGCUGGGCCUCGAGGUGGGAGCGUGUAGGGCUGAGCUGGGCAGCCUGCAGUGACCCCAGCCCGGAAAACCAUCACUUCCCAGCACUGGGCUCUGUGUUCCCUCUCACCUGAACAGGUGAGUGCAGCCUUGUCACAGCUCAAUGAAAACGGAGUUCAGGGGAGUCCGGAGGUGCAGUUGGUGGACGUGCUGGUUUUCCUCGCCCCUUCCGCGUCCCGUCAGUGUCCUCCCUGGUGGUGGGAGCCGCCUCGUCCCUGUCUUCCUUCAAGGGUGGGGUCCCGGCCGUGCGGACUGGCUUUACAGCCUCAAAGUCAAUACCUGCACCUGUUCACUGUCUCUUUAGGCGACGCUCGGAAUUCUGCAGCGCCACACCUGUUCUGAGUCCUGACUGCCUGGCAUCGUGCCAUCAGGUCUUGUGAGUUCUCUGCCACUUCACGUGGGGGAGCUUCCAGACGGCGGGUUGGUUUCGGGAGGCCCGUGCUGCACUAGCCAGUAGCUGACUGCUACAUUCAGACCAAGGACCGUCCCCCAGCUCUCACUGCCAGCUCUAACGGGAGAAAACGCCUGCGCGCGGUCCCUGCGCGUCCAGAGAGCGGGGCCUGCACCCUCUCCUGGGUGGCUCUCAGCUUGCAGUUGCUCGGCGUCCGGUGGACGGAGCGUCUGCUGUUCGGUUGACUCUGCUCUUGCUGGUUUUGACCUAGUGUCUUGGUAGCUGCUCCUAGACCCGAGGACAGGGGGGAGCGGUGAGGGCAGCAGUCCCCACCGCGGCCUGCGGGCUGGGGGUGGGCCUGUCACUCCCAGGCUGCACAGCCGGGUGUGUGGCAGUGGCUGCCUUUUUAGCGCUCCGGGUGCUGCCGAUUGCGGGGCUGUCACAUCUGGUAAUUUGGCGCCUCGGGACCGCUUUGUGCACCCACCCCGGUGAGUCUCUCCUGGAGAAGCCUUCAGCAGCAGGCAGAUGACAAAUCUGUUUCGAUUUUCUGCAGUAAGAGAACACUAAUUGGUAACAUUUGAACUAACGAUAGAGGUUUAUUUAACUGUUGCCGUGGUUCCGUGUCUCUGCGGACCAGAUGGGGUCUGUGCCGGUUGCCUCCCGUGGCCUGAGGAUGGAGUUCGAAAGCCACCUCUUGUGUCAUGGGUAGACUUGUGCCAGAGUGCCUUCCUGGCCUGCGCGCGUGUGUGUGUGUGUGUGUGCGUGCGUGUGCGUGUGCAAGGGCUGAGGGAGAAAAGGCACCCGAGAUUCAGAGAGGAAGACGCAGCCACUGGAGCUCUGGCCUCACACUGUCACGAGCUAUUGCCGUGCGUCAGGGUGGGGUGGCUCCUGAGGCCCAGACAGGGCUGCGCGCUGCUCGUGCGCACGGGGGCCUGGCAGCUCGUGUGCUCAGAGCUCCGAGGCCGGUCGUGCUGCAGCCGGGAGGGAUUCCUGACGGAGGAGGGGAGCUGGGGCCCAUGCAGGCCACUGCGGCCUGAGCCGCGUGCUGCAGGGGCUCCAGCCCACCAUGGGGUUAGGUGUAUCCCUGUGGCCUCAAGGUGAGACAGGCAGGAAUCGGGCUGUGGCCGGGCCCUCCCUGGAUGGCGGGGAGGGUCGUGUGAAAGCGGGAGCCGCCCCCCCCCCACCCCCGCUGGGGGACGGCCCCACGGGCUUCUGCACGGGAGCGUAUGCAGCGGCAUGCGGCCUUCCUGGUCGGGCUGAGAGCGGGUUCGGGGGAGUGGCUGGUCACUGUAUCAGCUCUUUUUGCUGCUGCCUGUGGCUUGGGUCCCUGGGUGAGCCAGCCGCAGACGUGUGGAUGCUGGGUGUUUUCCGCAGGGUCCGUUAGGGGCAGCCCAGGGGAGGAGGGUGGCUCUGCCCUCAGACCUCCUAGAGAGCAGCCUCUGGGAGCGCUGCCAGCGUAGGAGCCCAGCCAGUGGUGCGGCCUUCGGGCUGCAGAGAGCGAGGGCCCAGGGCGGCCCCGCAGGGUGGACAUUGGGCUCCUUUGCGGUGAGGCUGGUGCAGGGCUUGUUUCUGGGGAAGCGAACUAUUUUUCUGGGGUCUCAGAAGGAAUGGGCCACGUUGGCCCUCACUGUUGGGCCUUGCUCGGACCUGGCCAGGGAGGUAGUGGGGUGGAGAGAGGCUGAGCGGGGAGCGCAGCGUGCUCGGGGCCAGUCAGCGGGCCCCAGGCCUCGGCUCUCCCUCUGCAGAGACAGGGUGGCUUUCUCUUUGUCCAGCCAGGGUUUAGAGACUUUGCCAGAAUCCCAGCAACUUUGAGGUUCAGCCUCCAGUGUGAAAUUUCAUAGCUGCCAAGCGUGAAUCCGAAAAUAGCGCAGGUGGCUGCUUGAGGACAUUCCUUCGUGUUUUGAGUGACGCUUGGCAGAAGCUUCCUUUUUCUUUCGUUGGCAGGGGUGGGAUACAGAAUAGCAAAGAGUAAAGCGCUCAGAGCGCUUCGUGAAGUCGUGUUUCUAAGCCCUGGGGCCCCCAAGCCCCGCGGAGCGAGGAGACAUGGAGGCACCAGAGGAGGCCGCAGCCUGAGCUCUGCCCAGGGAGGGCCGUGAUGGACCAGUGCAGGGAGCCUGGGUGUCCCGCAGCCUGGGCCCAGGACCGUCCCGCCUCUUGCCACUGCUGGGGUGCCUGCUGGCCAUGGAACAGGGUCCUGCAGUCCGGGCCUGGGCUGUUGUGGACAGACAGGCAGGGGUGAGGGGUGGCCCUGAUGCCUUGAUACGGCCUUGGUAGCUCUGGGAAUAACCUUUGGCGUCCUGGGUGGGGGUUUUGAGUAUAUUUCCCAAACCCAUCAAGGUCAUACGUGUCUGUGCCUUUUCAUAUUACGUAUGUUAUUUAUUUACUCGUUUAUGUAUUAGUGUCCUACCCUGUUCCAGAAAGGGUUUAAAGGCAGCAGUGCUUCGGUUUUGAUAUUCUCAUUGGACAUUUGAUGUUUUAGUCAACAUGCUCUCGUUAAACAGGUAAUUUUAAAAAGAGGGCAGUUAGCAGCCUCCUAACGUUGACUGUGUCAGACCUAAUUGCCAUUCAGUUUGAACCCUUUCUUCCACGAAUCGACUCUCCAAAUAAUAGUUGGCGCCGAAGUAGAAAGGGAGGAGGGUGCAGCGGCGGCUGGACUGAGCAGAGGAGGCUCUGCCGCGGUCGGAGAGCCGCGCCCCCGUGCCUGCUGCUGGGCCUUGAGCAGGACCCCUUCCCAGGGGAGGCUCCUCUCAGACGGGCGGGGCCGGCCGUGCCUCUCCCCUGGGGCUUGGUGAGGACACCGGAGAGAAUGUCUGCGAAAGCCCUUUGCGCUUAGCACCCCUGCGCCCUGGACACUGCGGUCCUUGUGAGUGGUGUCCCUCCUGGGCUCUGCCUUCUGGGCGGUGCUGGUGCUGGAACAGCCUGGGACCUUGGGGGUCAGCUCAGCCUUGUGUCCAUGGGGGCUCACAGCACAGGCCUCUGGGCAGGGCAGAGUAUGCAGACAUGUGUUGCAUAAUAGAGGAAGGCAAGUUUAUUCAGCUUAAAGAGUUGUCUUGUAUUCUGAGAAUAUAUGCUUCCUUAUUUGGGUGAUAAAAUAUCCUUUUAUUAUAAUGAAGGUGAUGACAGAGGGCAAUAUUUGUAUUUUUAAAAAUGCUCUUGGUUGCAGAAUAAAAUGCCUUUGCUGCCCCUCGUCAAACCCCAGAAUUUCCUUUUGAGUUUGCCUGUCUCUGAAAGCCAGUGUUGGGCCCCACAGUCCAGCUCCAGUGGGUGUCGGGUGCCGAGAAGCACCUCUUGGUGUCCUAGAAUGGCCUGUACAUUCCCGAAGGCUCUCCCAGUGCGUCCUCUGCCUGGGGGAGGGUUAGGAAAUGUGCGCUCGCAUCGUGCCGGUGACAAAGCAGUGUCCCUGCGGAUCCCGAGAGAUGCCCCUUGUCAGUGGAUCUGCCCCUUAUUCAGGCCCGGGCACAGGAGGGUGUUGCAGCAGUGCUAGUGCCAGGCCUUCAGUGACCAGUGCUGAGUGGCCUGGCUCCAUCAGUCGGAUCUCCCUCUGGGGGUGCCGCGCUGGGCCACAUGUCCCUCCGGUCUCACCUCCCUCCACCAACCUGGCCCCCUUGAUAAUGCAACAGGAGAACCGAUCGCAGACCGAAGGGGUGAGUGGGACGGUGUCCCAGGAGGACCCCGUCCCAGGAGGACCCCGUGGGCGGGGCCUGUGGGUCCUGAAGUGCGGGGCUGUGCAGAGUACUUACUGUAAGUUCCAGAAGACCAUUGAGUGGAGGAGGCGGCGGGGGAAGCCGGGCUUCUGCAGCCCUAACUUGCAAUUGCUCAGGUCCGGGCUGCCUGGGGACCCUUCUCUUUGGACGUUGCCUGGGUUUCCGAUCUGCAGCAGGUGGGGGAUGCCCAGUCUUGUGUGGUUCUUGUGAGGACAGCCCUCCUGUGUGAAAUUGUUUGCUGCUGUCACUUAGCCAGCAGUGCCCCUGCCCUGCUUUGUGGUGUCUGCUCAGCUCCCCCUGCUUCUUUGGUGUUGGGCACGUGCGGUGCCUCACCCGUGCUGAAGGGAGCGCUGACCGUCGGCCCGAGUCUCGGCCCUCCUGCGGCAGUGCCCAUGUGCUUGCCUGCAGCAGCUGGGCCCGUGCCUGUUCUUGCACUUGUGCCUGGUUAAAAGCUUUCAGAAAUAUGAUGGACAUCUUUGAUAUGUGAUUGUAACUUUAAUAAAUGCUUUAUUCCCUUAAACCCCCCCUGCCCCAGAUGCCUUAAUUUUGUGGACUGUUUAUCUUUGUGGAUAGAAUUGGUCAUGUGAAAUCUUGGUGUAUGGAUUUCAGGUGGAAGCAACUGGAUCUCUGGAAAGUGUCUAAUGAUUUGGAGAAAGGAGUGUCUAAAACAGGAGUUUUAUUGAGCAGCUCUGGGGACCCUCGUGCUCCAGGGAGGCCCCCCAGAUGUUGCACACGUAUCAGCGGAUGGGUGAGCCUGUUUGGCUUGAUGGAGUUCCUAGUUGGACGAGCGUGUGCCCCCAAAGGGUCUGAAACACAUGGCCCCCCUUCACGGCGAUGCUGUCUCUGCAGUGCUCUGUCGGGUGGGGGGCAGUGGGGACUGUGGGCCCCUGGUUAUAUGUGACUUGUUUUUACGGAGGGAGGAUGCGGUGUGAAGCUCUGGGCUGGACCUCGGAAUGAAUGAGCUAAAUAAUGACACGUGUUCAUCUCCCGGUGA